UGCUGGCAUUUGUUGCAGCUUCCAGACCAGCAUACCUACCUAUGCAGAGGAACAGUAUCCACCCGAAGGUAUACCGCGCCUACAACAUUCCGACGCUUCGCAGCCAAGCAUAAACGUUGGUGGACUUAUUCAUGCGAUCCCUUCUCGGUUUGGACGAUCGCCAAAGAUUCACUUCGAAAGAUCCGGGAUAUACUUGGGUCUUUUGUCACUCCUGCAGUGUCAAUCAAUCCAACUGACACCCUACUCGCCCAUGAGUAGCUGCUAUUCACCGGCCCUUGGCGUAUCAUCGCUACAAACAAGCAAUUGAGACAGGAUACUGAUACGAGCCAACUUGGAGGUGUCAACUGGUUCGGUUGUAGGCAUCAAUCAGUACAACCAUUGUCUUGACGCAGUUGAGUUCACACCGCUGCCGCAACGACAUCUCUCACCAGCUGCAAACAUGCCACCACCACGAACACGGCUUAGUCUUUCCAAGGAGAGAUUCCCUGCCUACUUGGCCAAUCUCAAGAGCCAGCCUUAUCAUGAUCCGAGCUCGAGUUCCAGAGGACAGACCAUACGUUCAAUUGCUUGGAACCCCCUAGGAACUCUGGUAGCUACAGGAUCUUCAGACAAAACCCUCCGUGUUUGGAACCCCGAGAAGCCAAAUGUACGGUUCUCGACCGAUUUAAAGGGGCAUUCGGCCCCCAUUGAAAAGGUUGCCUUCAAUCCGGUAAAAGACGCCGAGCUGUGCAGUGUCAGCAAUGACGGAGUCGUCAAGUUUUGGGAUGUUCGAUCCAAGAUGUGUAUCAAUGAGAUCAAGGGUCUGGGAGACGCCUUCACUCUCGUCUGGGCACCCGACGGUCAAUCGUUAGUUGUGGGAAAUAAGACGGACAAUAUCUUUGUAUUGUCGCCGACCCAGUCGACACCUGUGGCAUCGCAUCAACAGCCGACUCAGACGAAUCAGAUUGCCUUUUGUUGGAGCGGCAAGAAAAUAUUUCUCACGACUGGUGAGGGCAGAACCAGGAUCUUACUGUAUCCGGAUUUCAAACCUGCCUUCCAGUUCGGUGAUGGGGAUGAGGCCAGAGAGUUUGCCCUCAAUGGCCAUACGUCGUCCUGCCUUUCAGCCGAGUUGCAACCAACAGGACGCUACCUCGCUACUGGUGGUUCUGACUCCAUCAUUUCUUUGUGGGACACCACGGAUUGGGUUUGCCAGCGGACCAUUACUAGCAUGAUUGGCCCGGUACGAUCAAUUAGUUUCACAUUUGAUGGCAAUUUCUUGGUCGGGGGCAGCGACGAAGGUCCUGGGCUGGAUAUUCGACAUGCCGAGUCAGGAGACCAUAUUCACACAUUCAAGACAGCCGGGCCUUGUCCCGUCGUGUCUUGGGCGCCUACGAAGUAUUGCCUAGCCUACAGCGAUCUGGGGAUUCUUCGCAUCGUCGGAGUGGACGCUGAGAAGAAGUGACCAUAAAAGCGUGGCAUACCCGUCACCCGGCCCUCGGGAAGUGCUCGUUUAAAGUAGACGCUGUCCAAAAACGGCCCUCAUCUGGGUGGCUGCUAGUUAUUCAACAGCUGAAGUUCGAGAAUGCUGGCGAUAUUCUCUGGCCAGGAUGGUAUGGGACGGCUGUCAUGGAAUGAACCAACGUUGGAAUUGAAAGAAAGAAAAAACCCAGGAUUGGAAAGGUAAAGUCAGCGCGGCUCAACUUGAAGCCGAGCGACGUGAGUGAGAGGGCUAGGAUGUGAGCUGGCGGCUGGUUGCCCACCGAUCUUGUGCCCUUCCCAUGCCAUGCUGCUCAACGCGGAUAGAUGGUAGCUUGAAUGUCAAACAU